AUGGAUGAAAUUCUCAGCAUUCCAACUCAAGUGAACUUUGAUGAAUCUAUAGCAAAUUAUGAAAUUCAUAGUCAUCAACCAUAUGCAUCAUCAUCUUUCAACAAUAGUGAUGAAAUUCGGAUUAUAGUUCAGAAUCAAGAUUUAUAUAUUUUACCGAGUAGCAGUUUCUUACAUAUAUUUGGACGCUUGACAAAGAAUGAUGGAAAUACUUUAACAGAAAAUGUUGAUCUCAUUAACAAUGCUAUAGCUUACUUAUUUGAUGAAAUUCGUUAUGAAUUAAAUGGUAUUGAGAUUGAUCGUUGCAAAUAUGUUGGUUAUACUUCAACUAUAAAAAACCUGGUUUCACUAACUCCUUCUCAACUUAUACGUGUUGGAAAUGCAGGUGUGUUUGAAUAUUCUGCUUUGGAUUUAAAAAUGACUUUAGAAAAUGGUUAUUUUAAUGUAACAGUACCACUUAGUAUGCUUUUCGGUUUUGCUGAAGAUUAUAAGAAAAUUGUUAUGAAUGCUAAACAUGAACUCAUUUUGAUAAGAUCACGAAAUGAUUUAAAUGCUGUUAUUCAAACAGGAAAUCUUGACAAUAAUGAAGAAUUUAAAAUUACAAUUAAUAAAAUUGAAUGGUUAGUACCAUAUAUUUUACCAUCAGACAAUAAUAAAAUUAAAUUAUUAAAAUUUAUUGAGAAGGAUCCAUUAAUUUCUAUGAGUUUCCGAUCGUGGGAAAUGUAUGAGUAUCCUUUACUUCCAGAAAGUUCAAGAAUUAUGUGGCAACUCAAAUCUUCAUCUCAAUUAGAGAAACCACGAUAUGUAAUUGUUGGAUUUCAAACUGGAAGAAAGAAUAAACUAAAAAAUACAUCCUGUUACUUUGAUCAUUGUAAUAUUACAAAUGUAAAACUCUUUUUGAACUCACAAUCUUACCCUUAUGGAAAUUUAAAUUUAAAUUUUGAUCAAAAUCAGUAUUCUUUAUUAUAUGAUAUGUAUGCUAAUUUUCAAUCUUCUUAUUAUGGAAAAGAUUCAGAACCUACUUUAGCUAUUAAUACUUUUAAAUCAAAAGCACCUUUAAUUGUUAUUGAUUGUUCGAAACAAAAUGAGUUUUUAAAGCAGUCUUCAGUCGAUGUACUUUUAGAAUUUGAAGCUAGAGAAAAUAUACCUGCUGAUACAACUGCAUAUUGUCUCGUCAUACAUGAUCGUAUAGUUCAGUAUAAACCAAUCAGUGGUAUUAUUAAGAAAUUGUAA